AUGUCUGAACGUCGUGCUAAGCGCCCUAAAAUCUCCAGAGGAGAAGAUGACUUUUUGCCCGGGAAUAUUACCGAAAUCGAGCUUCACAACUUCAUGACAUUCAAUCACUUGGUAUGCAAGCCUGGAUCUCGCUUGAACCUUGUAAUUGGACCAAACGGAUCAGGUAAGAGCUCUCUUGUGUGUGCCAUUGCACUUUGUCUUGGUGGUGAGCCUCAGCUUCUUGGGAGGGCAACUAGUGUCGGUGCAUAUGUUAAGCGUGGGGAAGAUUCUGGCUACGUCAAGAUCUCUCUGCGAGGGAAUACGAAGGAAGAGAAGUUUACUAUUUUCCGUAAGAUCGAUACACGUAACAAGUCAGAGUGGAUGUUUAAUGGGAAUGCGAUUAGCAAGAGAGAUAUAGUUGAGAUAAUCCAGAAAUUCAACAUCCAAGUUAACAAUCUCACACAGUUCCUGCCUCAGGACAGGGUUUGCGAGUUUGCCAAGUUAACGCCUGUGCAGCUCUUGGAAGAGACGGAAAAAGCUGUUGGUGAUCCUCAACUCCCAGUGCAUCAUCGUUCGCUUGUUGAGAAAAGCCAUGAACUGAAGCAGCUUGAGAGAGCUGUGGCGAAAAACGGAGAGACGCUGAAUCAGCUUAAAGCUCUUGUUGAUGAGCAGGAGAAGGAUGUGGAGCGUGUUAGGCAGAGAGACUUAUAUUUGACAAAGGUUGAUUCCAUGAAGAAGAAAUUACCAUGGCUAAAGUAUGAUAUGAAAAAGGCUGAGUACGUUGAUGCUAAGAAGAAGGUGACGGAAGCCAUGAAAAAAUUGGAUGAAGCUGCAAGAAAUUUGAACAGCGUGAAGGAACCUAUUGAAAAGCAAAGGAAGGAGAAAGCAGAGAUAGAUUCGAAAUGCAAAAAGGUUAAGAAUCAAUUGGAUGCAAAUGGGAAAAAGCGUGGUGACUUGCUCGAGAAAGAAGAUGAGGCAGAAGCACGUGUAGUGGCAACAUACAAAGAACUUGAGGAACUGAAGAAACACGAAAAACAUCGCCAAGAAAGGAUUCGGAAAGCUAGCGAGGAUCUGGUUGCUGCAGAGCAAGAACUCCAAAACCUGCCCGUAUAUAAACCUCCCGUAGCCAAACUUGAAGAAUUGAGCACCCAGGUUGCGGAGCUGCGUGACAACAUAAACCGGAAGAAGUAUCAGGUGGUGGACAACGAGAAGCUGUUGUCACAGAAGAGAUACACAUUGAUGCAAUGCGUAGACAAGUUGAAGGACAUGGAGAAUGCAAAUAGCAAACUCUUGAAUGCACUAUGUAAAUCUGGAGCUGACCGGAUAUUUGAAGCAUAUCAAUGGGUGCAACAGAAUCGUCAUGAGUUCAAAAAGGAAGUAUAUGGUCCCGUUUUGGUAGAGGUUAACGUUCCAAGUCGAGAGGAUGCUUGCUAUUUGGAGGGUCAUAUUCCUUAUUAUGUUUGGAAGUCUUUUGUGACACAGGAUUCUGAGGACCGUGAUUUGUUGGUUAGAGGUCUGAAACGAUUUGAUGUUCCUGUUCUAAACUAUGUGGGUGAUGGCAACAAUGAAAAGGCUCCCUUUCAUAUUUCUGAUCAGAUGCGUUCUCUUGGGAUUCGUGCUCGGCUUGAUCAAAUAUUUGAUGCUCCUGAUGCCAUCAAGGAGGUUUUAACAUCCCAGUUUGGUCUGGAUAACUCAUACAUUGGAUCAAAGAUUACUGAUCAGAGGGCUGAAGAAGUUUCCAGGUUGGGUGUAACUGAUUUUUGGACACCGGACAAUCACUACCGGUGGUCUUCCUCAAGGUAUGGUGGUCAUUCCUCUGCAAGUGUAGAUUCUGUAUAUCCAUCACGUCUUCUAUUAUGUGGUGUGGACGUUGGAGAGCUAGAGAAACUUAGGUCAAGAAAGGAAGAAUUAGAGGACUCUGUUUUAUCCAUGGAGGAAAUUCACAAGAAUCUUCAAAUAGAGCAGAGACUUUUGGAAGAAGCAGCAGCUAAACUUCAUAAAGAGAGGGAGGAGAUUAUUAAUGUUUCGAAUCUGGAGAGGAAAAAACGCCGUGAGCUGGAAUCCCGUUACCAACAAAGGAAGACAAAGUUAGAAUCCUUGGAGCAAGAGGAGGACAUGGAUGCUUCAGUUGCUAAACUGAUUGAGCAGACUUCGAGAGCCAACUCUGACCGCUAUACAUAUGCGAUCAAUCUCAAGAAAUUACUCGUGGAGGCUGCUGGUUAUAAGUGGAGUUAUGCCGAGAAGCAUAUGGCUUCUAUCGAACUGGAAAGGAAGAUCAGAGAGUCUGAAAUCAAUAUCAAACAAUAUGAGAAAAUUGCGCAGCAGACAGCCCUCAGUGCUGAGUAUUGUAAGAAAGAGGUAGAAGGAAAGCAACGGCAGCUAGCAGCUGCCAAGAGGGAUGCAGAAUCUAUUGCAAUCAUUACGCCUGAACUUAAAAAGGAGUUUAUGGAGAUGCCUACCACGAUCGAAGAAUUGGAAGCGGCUAUACAAGACAACAUCUCUCAAGCCAAUUCGAUCCUUUUCGUUAAUCAGAACAUACUUCAAGAGUAUGAACAUCGCCGGAGUCAGAUAGAAACUAUUUCUAAAAAGCACGAAGCUGAUAAAAUGGAUCUGACCAGAUGCUUGCAAGAAAUCGACUCGCUAAAGGAGAAAUGGCUUCCAACAUUGAGACAGCUUGUUGCUCAGAUACAUGAAACUUUCAGCCACAACUUCCAAGAAAUGGCUGUUGCAGGAGAAGUUUUAUUGGAUGAGCGCGGCACUGACUUUGAUCAAUACGGAAUACAUAUCAAAGUGAAAUUCAGGGAAUCAGCGCAACUUCAGGUUCUAAGUUCUCACCACCAGUCCGGAGGAGAGCGGUCCGUAUCAACUAUCCUUUACCUCGUUUCUCUUCAAGAUCUCACAAACUGUCCUUUCAGGGUUGUUGAUGAGAUCAAUCAAGGUAUGGAUCCUAUAAACGAAAGGAAGAUGUUUCAACAAUUGGUUAGAGCUGCUAGCCAACCAAACACACCACAGUGCUUCUUACUGACCCCAAAGCUCUUGCCGGAGCUUGAAUACAGUGAAGCCUGUAGCAUUCUGAACAUCAUGAACGGUCCAUGGAUCGAGCAGCCUUCACAAGUUUGGAGCUUUGGUGAUAGUUGGGGAAAUCUCAUGAGACGAACCGAAGCAAGUCAAUGUUCUUGA